CCUGCUCGCCUCCAUUUUGUUUGAUUGUGGAAACACAGUGACUCUGGGCAGCUGCUAAACACUGAAACAUCCCGUACAGAAACAUUUCCAGCAGCAACAUGAGCGGAUGUCGUAUCUUCAUCGGCCGCCUCGCCCCCACGGCCCGGGAGAAGGACGUGGAGAGGUUCUUCAAGGGGUACGGCCGCAUCCGAGACAUCGACCUGAAGAGGGGCUUCGGAUUCGUGGAGUUUGACGAUCCCAGAGAUGCUGAAGAUGCCGUGUAUGAGCUCGAUGGCAAAGAGCUGUGCAGUGAGAGGGUGACCAUUGAGCACGCCCGUGUUCGCCUGCGCGGCGGCCGUGGCAGAGGCGGCAGCAGCAGCGGCGGUGGUAGAGAUGGUGGAGGUAGAGACGGUGGAGGUGGUGGGGGCGGUGGGCGCUUCUCCUCUGAUCGCUAUGGUCGCGGUUCCCAGAACAGUCGGAGUCGAAACCCUCCUCCGAUGAGGACGGAAAACCGCCUGAUUGUGGAGAAUUUGUCCUCUCGCGUCAGCUGGCAGGACCUGAAAGAUUUCAUGAGACAAGCUGGAGAAGUGACAUUCGCAGACGCACAUCGGCCCAAACUCAACGAAGGGGUUGUUGAGUUUGCCUCUUACAGCGACCUGAAAAAUGCCCUUGACAAACUGUCUGGAAAGGAAAUCAAUGGCAGAAAAAUCAAGCUCAUAGAGGCAGCCAAGAAGAGGUCCAGAAGUCGUUCCCGGUCUGACAGCACCUCUCGCUCCCGGUCUCGUUCCCGCGGUCGCUCUCCCUCCCGUUCCCCCCGACGCUCCCGCUCCCCCGCCAAGGCCCACAACCGCUCCCGCUCCCGCAGUCGCAGCGGCUCUCCUGGCGGCAGCCCCAAACGCAGCCUCACGCCCAAAUCCAAGGAGCCCCCCAAGCGCCUCUCCAAGACGAGCAAGUCCGCCUCCCCACACUCCCCCCGGCCCGCCCAGAGAGCCUCCAUGUCCCGUUCACGCUCUCGGUCCCGCUCCCGCUCUCGCUCUCGUUCCCGCUCCCGCUCAGUCGACAGCCAGCGCUAAGGGCCGGGUUUACGUUUAGUGGGAAUCAACUCCAGGAGCAAGUUGUUUCGGUCGUAGAUUCAGCUCGGAGGAGUUGCCACACGCGUAACGUAUUUUUUUCUUCUUCUCGACUGGAUUUCAAGUUUUUCACAUUAAACACACAGGUUGUCAGUUAAAAUCAGAUAUUUCAUUGUCAUUAUUGGGCAUUUAGGUUUAAGUCAGCAGAUUCACAUUUCGCCUGAAGUAUUGACUCAUAUGCAUGUUUACACCCAGUCAGUCCCCCCCCCCGAAUUCAUUCAUUCAAUAAGGCUGCUGCGUCGUCAUUAAUUCUCACUUAACCCUCCCAUCGUCUACGUUCUUUCUACACGAAUCUGUGUGUUUCAGCAGCAGCGGGACGCUUUUGAUAGGUUGUGCAACCACUUUCUUUACUUCUCGUGAUACUUUUGCUCGUAGUUUGGAUACUUUUUUUAAUCUUAACAUAUUUUUCUCCGUCUCGCUCAUUUUCGAAGCCUUUGUGUCUUUCCCCGUUUUUCUCACGUACUGUACCCACUGCUGCCGUGAUGUGUAGAACCUUGGAGGCUUGCAUGUGCUCUUGUUUGCUCAAAAUUCAGAAUCCCAUGAUAUUAAUACUUUAUUCGUCCUUCAUCAUUAUAACCAACCUUUGCAGCUUCAGUAUCUAGAACAUUUGUACAAUUGAGCACAUUUCCCCGCAGGUUAAAGAGCUGUACAGUAAAUAACAUCAGUUCAAGGAUCUUGCAGCUUCUUGCAGUGACUGAGGCUUUUAUUUUGUAGGGAGAUGUUCAUCUCUCUGAUUUCAACACUUAAAAAUAGAGUUGAUGCAUAAAGCAGUUAAUUAUAGCAUUUUACUGAAUGUUAUUUUAUCUUGUUUUUGUUAAGGGUUUUGUGUACAGCAUUGGAGACUUUUGUUUUUACAUAAUUGUAUAAAUGUAAUUCCAAGAAACCUUGUUGGUAAUGUGACGGGUUAAAGUUACUGUGGUUCAAAUGAACAUUGUGGAAAAUACAACAUUUUUUACCCUUGGAUUGUAUUUUCAGUGAAAUCAAUUAUGAUGGACGUUUGUACGCUGUAGGAAGACAGUGGACUCAAUAAAAAACAUUUUAACCUAA